CAGUUGUUGUUGUGACGUCCAACAUCAUAGAAGAAGAAAAGCUGCUUCUUUUUUUUCCUUCCCCAGCUUGAACAGCUCAGCUUUCUCACCGAGCUAAUCAUCUAAACACAAUAUUCUGACAAGAUUUUACAGCGACAGUUCAAUCCGACAGCGAAGGACAAAAUAAAAAAACGUCUGUAUGUGUAUUUGAGGUGAUUAACUACGCUCUGAGGGGGCAGCAGUCUAAGCAGAGAUGUCCAGACCUCCCUCUCCAUAGCCACCUCCUCCAUCUCCUCCACGGGGAUACCCAGGUGCUCCCAGGCCAGACGAUAUACUCGAUAGACGAUAUAAUCUCUCCAUCUAGUCGUCGGUAUGCCCCGGGGUCCUCUCCACGUUGGACAUGCCCAAAACAUCCCCCCAGGGAGGCGUCCAGGAGGCAUCCUAGCCAGAAGCCCGAACCACCUCAUCUGGCUCCUUUCGACGCAGAGGAGCAGCGACUCUUUGACUCUUUUACUUUGAGUUCCCCCCGAGUGUCCGAACUCCUCACACUAUCUCUAGGUCUGAGCCCAGACAUCUUGCGAAGGAAGCUCUUUUCCGCCGCCUGUAUCCGCAAACUCAUUCUUUCAGUCACGACCCAAAGCUCGUGACCAUAGUAGGUUUGUGGGGAUAUGCAGACACAAACCUGUACUGCUUCAAGUGAAAAGACACCAGACUCAUUGGGAUGCAUCACCUCUAUAGACCAUCAGAACCAUGUAAAAAAGGAACAACCUGAAGAUGAAGACUACCCCUGUGGCGGGACAUCAAGUUCUGUGGGACACUUUACUCUUGUGGACCAAGAGAAUGGAGGAUUCCUGAAAAAGCCUGUAAAAGAGGAAGAAUCUGAAGAUGAAGACUACCUCUAUUGUGAGGAAUGCCGAUCCUCUUACAUCAACAAAUGUGAAGUUCACGGUCCAACUCUCUUCAUCACUGAUACACCUAUUCCCAUGGGGGUCAUUGACAGAGCCAGACAGACCCUCCCACCUUGUCUAGAGGUUCGGCGAUCUGGUAUUCCUGCCGCAGGUUUGGGAGUGUUUAAUAAGGGGGAGACUGUUCCAGUGGGUGCACACUUUGGGCCCUACCAGGGAGACCUGGUGGACAGAGAAGAAGCAAUGAACAGUGGCUACUCCUGGGUGAUAUACAAGAGCAGACAAUGUGAGCAAUACAUAGAUGCCAAGAGAGAGAUGUAUUCUAACUGGAUGAGAUAUGUGAAUUGUGCUCGUAAUGAUGAAGAGCGGAAUCUCAAGGCAUGCCAGUAUCGAGGAGGAAUUCUGUACCGUUGCUGUCAACCCAUCAAGCCAGGACAGGAGCUCUUGGUGGGGUAUGAAGAGAAAUACGCCAAAGCUCUCGGCCCUACAUUCGACUCCCUCUGGAAGAAAAAAUGCUCCACAAAUGAAAUGAACGAUGCCCAGUUGCAAGUCUUCUCCUGCUCCUGGUGUUCGCUUUCUUAUACAUCUCAAAUUUACCUCCACAAUCACUUGAGAAGAAACCACUACAAGGAAUAUGUAAGCCUGAUGAAAUCAGGAGAUAUUACAUAUGAUAAGCCAACGGCCACAAUAAACUCGGGCUGUCAGCAAACAUCAUGUGACACGUUGAACUGUAACUCCGCUAGUGGACAAAUACAGAAAACAGCCUAUCACUGCUCACAGUGUGGGAAGAGUUUUACUCAGCAAAGUACGCUCCAGCGACACCAGCGCAUUCACACAGGAGAAAAGCCAUAUCACUGCUCACAGUGCGGGAAAAGUUUUAACGAUCUGGGCAAUCUUAAAACACACCAGCGCAUUCACACAGGAGAGAAACCGUAUCCGUGCUUGCAGUGUGGAAAGAGGUUUAUUGAGAGAGGGGCUCUUAAAGCACACCAGCGCAUUCACACAGGAGAGAAACCGUAUCAUUGUUCAGAGUGUGGAAAACGUUUUAAUCAACAGAGUCAUCUCCAGCAACAUCAGCGCGUUCACACCGGAGAGAAGCCGUAUCACUGCUCAGAGUGUGGGAAGAGUUUUAGUAAAGUAAGCACUUUUCACAGACACCAGCGCAUUCAUACUGGAGAGAAACCGUAUCAUUGCUCACAGUGUGGAAAGAGGUUUAAGGACAAAGCUAAUCUCCAAACACACCAGCGCAUUCACACUGGAGAGAAGCCGUAUCACUGCUCAGAGUGCGGGAAGAGUUUUACGCAGAAGUGUCACCUUGAUGGUCAUAAACACGUUCACACAGGGGAGAAGCCAUAUCAGUGCGUACAGUGCGGGAAGAAUUUUAUUCGACAAAGUGAUCUCAAACAGCACCAGCGCCUUCACACAGGAGAGAAACCCUAUCAGUGCUCACAGUGUGGGAAAAGGUUUAAUAAAGCAAGUUCUCUCCAGCAUCACCAGUGCAUUCACACAGGAGAGAAGCCAUAUGAGUGCUCCGAAUGCGGGAAGAGUUUUACUCAACAGAGCCAUCUCCAAUCUCACGAGCGCAUUCACUCAGCAGAGAAGCCACAUCACUGCUCACAGUGUGGGAAGAGUUUUACACGAAAAAGCGAUUUUCAGAAACAUCAGCGCACUCACACGGGCGAGAGACCCUAUCAGUGCACACAGUGUGGGAGGAGCUUCGCUCAGCAGAGUAAUCUCCAACGACACCAGCGCAUUCAUACAAUAGAGAAGCCUUAUCGCUGCUCACAGUGUGGAAAAGGUUUUACACAACAGAGUGAUUUUCAAACACACCAGCGCAUUCACACAGGAGAGAAACCGUAUCACUGCACACAGUGUGGGAAGAGUUUUACAACCAUCAGUAAUCUCCAGCGACACCAGCGCAUACACACGGGAAAGGUGCCGAUUCAGUGCUCAUUGUGGACGGAAAUCUACUUAGUCACGUGUGUCUAAGAUACACAACUGCACCCACAUGGAGCCAUCAACUUGUGACACACUUGUGAUGUUCAAAUCAAGAAACAUGAUAACUGCUGUUUAGCAAGAUAGAGCAGUGUGUUUGUUGUGUUUAAAAUAUGUAUGUGUGUGUAUAUAUGUAUAAAAUAAAAGAUAGAUCUUUAGAUCUUUAUGUCUCUGGCAUAAACUGUUGAUAAACACCAUCUUGCUGCCCCUUAGUGGACAGCACGCUAAACAACAUACAAACCUCUGACGUCUAUGUAAACCAAGUCCAGAGAUCUGGAGCUAUUUCGAUUUUUUUUUUUUUUUUUUUCAUUUAAAAAGCACCUUUUUUUAAACCCAAAGACACUGUCCAAAAGAUUAAUCACAACAUAAGGCAAUACAAAAUUAAAUAUGCACUCACUGUCCACUUUAUUAGUAGAAAAUGUGAUCUGACUCCUGUUAGGAAAUGUGCAAUGGAUUGCCAUUCAAUUUCAAAUUGAAUGUCAAUGAAUAAUGGUACACUUAUCCUGAAACAGUUAUAAAUCAAGAAUAUGAACAGCAAGAAUAUGAAUGAUGUAAUCCCAUAGAAAUAAACUGAAUUGAAAAAUAAACUGUAUUAUUUAAAUAUUGAAAAAUAAACUGUAUUAAUCAAAUAAAGCUAUUGAGCUGCUGAGAAAAACACUGAAAGAACUGGAUGAAGUGAAGACAUUUGGAUGGAUGGAUAUGUGCAGAGAUUCUUCUGAUACAGUAAGGAUAUAGUUUUACUUAACUAUUAAAAAAAAUAAAAUAGCAGAAGAAGGUAUCAAAGGAAAACAAAGCUCUGUUUAGCCAAUGUAUAGUAAUAUAUUGAGUUCUGUUUUUUUUUUUUUUUUUUUUAAACAGAAGCAGCUAAAGAAAAUCUUCAUUACUUUUUAAAACAUAUAAAAAUGGAGAAUGAGAUUAAUAGAGCAAUACAAGAGAAAACCUGAGGAAUUAGAUAUUUUUAUACGUUGUAGUGGUCUGAAAUGUUUGACUGCAUUGAAUGAUACUAAAUAUGAAUCUGAAAUAAAUGAUUUUUUUAAAAA